AUGGCUGGCUUGCCCAAUCUGAGCUGGCUGGCUCCACCUCCCCCGGAGAAAAUGGAGGCAGCGCUGAUCAAGGCGCCUAGCCUCGUGUGUUACAGUGGCAUCUCCACAGAAAGCGACUGUGCUUUUGAGCCUGACUACGCCGUUCCACCACUUCCAGUGAGUGAAGGUAUGCAGCACAUUCGGAUUAUGGAGGGCAUGUCUCGCUCUCUUCCAUCCUCCCCCUUACUCACACAUCAGUCUAUCAGUGUUCGGCUCCAACCUGUGAAGAAGUUAACUGCCCCUCUGAGGAAGGCAAAGUUUGUUGAGAGCCCACGAAUUCCAGAAUCCGAGCUUGGCUCACCAACCCUCACUUCAGCUCAGAAACUGGAUGUGGAUGCAUACUGCCCUGAUGAUGCUGAAGCUGCUGGUGAGGUUCCACGCUUUGAGAACCAACUGGAUUAUAGGGCUACUACAAGCUACUUACAAGUG